GAUCGUGAUCAAUUUUUUGUUUUGAGGUUAUGUGCAAGAAUGUUUCCGUCAAACUCUUUCGUGAAAUGAACGUCAUGAGUUCUAGCCUACGAUGCUAUAUUGCGGGAAUUGUGUUUACCUGAUGAAUAUCGAAGAUGAACACAAAAGAAAAGGAGAAGUAUAUCGAGGACUUCGAUUUUCCUCAUUGCGACGAAUCCUCGAAAUAUGAGAAGGUUGCAAAAAUUGGUCAGGGCACCUUCGGGGAGGUGUUCAAGGCUAGAGAUAAGAACUGUACAAAAAAAUUUGUAGCUAUGAAAAAAGUAUUAAUGGAUAAUGAAAAGGAGGGGUUUCCUAUAACUGCUUUAAGAGAAAUAAGGAUAUUGCAGUUACUAAAGCACGAAAAUGUAGUAAAUUUAAUAGAAAUAUGUAGAACACGAGCAACUCAAUACAAUCGUUAUCGUUCUACAUUCUAUCUUGUAUUUGAUUUUUGUGAGCAUGAUUUGGCAGGUUUACUAUCAAAUGUAAACGUUAAAUUUAGCUUAGGAGAAAUUAAAAAAGUUAUGCAACAGUUGUUAAAUGGACUUUAUUAUAUUCAUAGUAAUAAGAUUUUGCAUAGAGAUAUGAAGGCUGCAAAUGUUUUAAUAACAAAAAAUGGUAUACUAAAAUUAGCUGACUUCGGGUUGGCUCGCGCAUUUAGUGCAAAUAAAAAUGGUCAACCAAAUCGUUAUACGAAUAGAGUUGUUACUCUCUGGUAUCGCCCACCAGAACUUUUGCUUGGUGAUAGAAACUAUGGUCCUCCCGUGGAUUUGUGGGGUGCAGGAUGCAUAAUGGCUGAAAUGUGGACUAGGUCGCCAAUAAUGCAAGGAAAUACAGAACAGCAGCAACUCAUAUUAAUUUCUCAGUUAUGUGGUUCUAUAACGACAGAGGUGUGGCCUGGAGUGGAGAAUUUAGAGCUAUUUAAUAAAAUGGAUUUACCUAAAGGUCAAAAACGAAAGGUCAAAGACAGAUUAAAGCCGUAUUUAAAGGAUCCUUAUGCGUGCGACUUGUUAGAUAAACUAUUAAUUCUUGAUCCGUCUAAAAGAUAUGAUUCGGAUUCUGCAUUGAAUCAUGAUUUUUUCUGGACCGAUCCGAUGCCUUGCGAUCUUAGUAAAAUGUUGGCACAACAUACGCAGAGUAUGUUCGAGUACUUAGCUCCACCAAGACGUCCUGGCCAUAUACGUCAGCCACAUCAUCAAGUACCUGGGGGACCAGCAAAACCUAGCUCUAGUAUGACUGACAGUGGUUACCAAGAUCGUGUAUUCUAGCAUGUUCCGUUCAGAUGAAUGUAUCUUCUGUUCUUUAUUUCUUAGAAUUGUGAAUAAUGUAAUGUUUAACAACAACGGCAACAGUAACGUUAUUACUUUAAGUUAACAUUAAAUGUCUGACUUAUGAAAAUAAGAUGUACGAUUUCUUUAUGGACAUAUAUGUAUAUAUAUACAUACAUAUAUAUAUAUAUAUAAAUUUUAUACAAACGGAA